GAUGUCCUUCAUUACGACCACCAUAAUCCAGCAGAGACACUCACCAAAAUGACUUUACCCACCGAGUCCGACUCGGCGGUCACCCGCCUGAUCAUCGUUUUCACCUUACUGGCUUCCCUAGCCGGCAUAACUCUGGGAUUCAGAUACUACUGCAAGCACCGCUACGCCAAGCAGCUAGGUGUUGACGACCUCCUUCUGGGUGUCUCCUAUCUCAUCCUCACCGCCGCCGCCAUCUGCACCGCCGUAGCCUCCCGCCACGGCUUCGGUCAGCACAUUUGGACUAUCCCUCGUGUCACAGAAGCCAUAACGGCAGCCAGGAUCGUCUUCAUCGGCGGCGCUUUUGUGUUCUUCGGCAUCGCCCUGGCCAAGACGUCCAUCUGCCUGACGCUGUACAACAUCGCCCGAAGGAAAUGGCAGAAAUGGGCACUGGUGUUUGUGGCUGCUUCAGUGCUGGUAACCAAGCUGUUGUCGGGCAUUUUCAUCUUUAUCUCGUGCACGCCUGUGCAAAAGAGGUGGAAUCCGAUGGUGGAGGGGAGUUGUUGGGAUAUCAAUGUGCUUUGUCGGUAUUGGUCUUUUUCGGGAGCGUGGUCAGCAGUGACGGAUUUUGCUUUGGUGGUACUUCCUUGGUGCAUCAUUUGGCACCUUCAAGUGAAGAAGAUUGAAAAGAUCGUGCUUGGGUUUGUUUUGAGUUUGGGGCUUCUGACCGGCAUCGUUGCGGCCAUCAAGACGACAUACAUCAAAGCUUCGGACCUGGAGAAUGAUUUUACCUACGCAGCAGCAGAUCUAGUCAUAUGGGAAUCUGCCGAGCUAGCAGUCGCCAUCAUCGCCGUUUCUAUUCCAUUUGGCCGCUUGGCGGUCCAAGACUACUUCAGGAGGAAACGAGCACGAUCUGCAGGAAACACCACAAGCCAGGCUAAUGGGACCCGAAGUACACAGCUGGCCACGUCCGAGUCAACAAUGGUCCGGAGGGACGUUAAUAAUGCUGACGACGAAAUGCCCCUUGCCCGGUGUCAACUGAAAGCAAAAGCCAAUGAUGGCGUCAGAUCUAGUACUGUGUCUCUAGAGCAAUUUCUGCGUGAGGCUCCAAAGAUGCCGGGAGCGUGGAGAGAGUCGGGAAUCAUGCUGACGAGGGAAGUUUCAGUUGGAAGACAUCGAGAUGAUAGUUCCGAACAGGAGUUGGGAUGCCGAGCCUGGUCACCGCCGCCGCCGUCGAAUGUGUGA